AUGGCUAAUCGAGGAGCAACAAGACCUAACAGGCCAAAUACUGGAAAUAAAACAUGUCAGUUCAAACUAGUACUUCUGGGAGAGUCUGCUUUUGUCAAAUCGAGCCUAGUGCUUUGUUUUGUGAAGGGCCACUUUCAUGAAUUUCAAGAGAGUACCACGGGGGCUGCUUUUCUAGCCCACACUGUGUGUCUUGAUGACACAACAGUAAAGUUUGAAAGGUGGGAUACAGCUGGUGAAGAAAAAUACCAUAGCCUAGCACCCAUGUACUACAGACGAGCGCAAGCAGCCAUAUUUGUAUAUGAUGUCACCAACGAGGAGUCCUUUGUCAGAGCCAAAAACUGGGUUACAGAACUUCAGAGGCAAGCCAGUCCUAACAUUGUAAUAGCUUUAUCAGGAAACAAGGCUGACCUCGCCAAUAAAACAGCUGUCAAUUUCCAGGAAGCACAGUCCUAUGCAGAUGACAACAGUUUAUUAUUUCUGGAGAAAUCAGCUAAAACAUCAAUGAUUGUAAAUGAAAUAUUCAUGGCAAUAGCUAAAAAGUUGCCAAAGAAUGAACCACAGAAUCCAGGAGCACAUUCUGCCAGAGGAAGAGGAGUAGACCUUACUGAACCCACGCAGCCAACCAGGAGUCAGUGCUGUAGUAACUAAACCUCCAGUUUAAACUAACUGGAAUGUUCUUCUGCUUCCUAAUUGUUAAUAACAGUGGAAUUGGAGCAUUUAACCAGCCCAGUAUGACUUCCAAAAAGAAGAGACUUACAAUAGGCAAGUUUCUAAUACAGAAUUAUUUUAAGUGUUUUGAACUUAAUUUUUAAUAACAUACAUGUGACCCUCUGACUAAUGUUUUAGCAGUGGAAGGGGGAAAUGAGAGCUGGGUGUACCCUUGUUUCCUUGGAAGGUUAGCGGGACUCAUUUCUCUUCACCAGUGAUAUAAACAAAUGAUUCUGAACCCACAGUUAACC